AUGUCUGCACUCGAAAAAUUCGUGAAUGAGCAGAAAAAGAAAACUGGAGGUGGAGGAAUGUCAGGAUCUGCAUCUUUUUCCAGCUUUGACUCAUUUCGCAACAAAUUAUCCAAUUCGAUAAGGUAAUUUUAAACAUAGAACAAAAAUGGAAAAAUUAAAACUUUGGAUUUUCAGCGGCAUUCCACUCGUGUCUAGAAGUGAAACUUCAGACAGUACUCAGUUAUUGGUUGGAGGUGGAGAUGGAGAAGAAUCACAGUUACCGACUGGAAAAAAUAGGUGACUUUUUUUUAGAAAACAAACUAGGAAAAACUUUUCCUUCGAAAACUCACAAAACGUUAUUAAAUUUCAAAUGUUUGCAGUCCGAAAAACUCCCAAGAUUUCCGAAAUUCCAGAAAAUCUGUUUUCAAAUUUUAUCCGAAAGAAUGAAAAAAUUUCACUGUUUCAAUUUUUUCAAAUUUCAUUUCUUGUUGGAUAAUAAAGAAAAAAUUAUGAUUUUUCUAAAUUUCUCAAAAAAUCACUGUUUCAAAAAUUUACAUUAGACCAAAAUUCAGAGUUAUCAUGUUCUCAAAAAAGGAAAACUUUUGAAUAGUUGAUUUCUGAAAACUUGAGUUUUGAAAAAAUAAUCCAGAGAAAAUACAGAACUAUCAUUUGUAAAUUCAGAUUUCAUUGAAAAAUAAAUCACUGUUUCAAAAAUGUUAUUAUUUUGCAAAACUAAUUCUUGAGCUUUGAUUGUUCUCCAAAAAUUCCAAUGGUUUUUCCUGUCAACAUGUUUUUGUUGAAAAAAAAGCAAUUCUAAUUUUGUGGUUUUUUCCAAUAAAAAAAAUUAAACAAAUUUAAAAUCAUUUUUCAAAACGUGAAAUAACUUGUCAAGUUCUCAUUUUUCAUUUCCAAAAAUAAUUAUAUUCCAGAAGAAAUGGUGGCUGGUUUUCUUCGUCCUCAACUCAAGAAGAAAGUUUUUUCGGUUUGACUCGAACUCAAAGAAUCAUCGCAUUUUUCAUGUGUAUUAUUGGAUCGAUUUUCUGCUUUUCAACGGUAAGAAAAAUCCCUGGAAAAUAAAUUGGAGUAGGAAGGAGAUAAAAACAUUUGGAAUGGUUGUUUUAAACCACCCUCAACUUUUGUUUGACAUAACCAACUGUUCUUUUUUGAUGUUGGAAGGAAAAGAAGCCCGAUCUUUGACCGAUUUAACAAAAAUUUUAAAGAUUUGAGAAACAAGUGGAUUAUAGAUCUCUAUGACGUGGGAAAAUUUGAAAAAUAUUAUUAAACUUUUUUCUGCUGAUUCAACAAAGUUUUAAAUAAAUUUGAAUUCACAAGCUGAACCAGGCAGACUUGAACAAAAAUUCCAUGAUUUUCCCAAACAUCCAAUGUUUCUUCCAGGCCGCAAUUCUAAUCCCUGUAAUUUUGGUAUCAACUCGAAAAUUUGCCGCCUUGAACACUUUGGGAAGUGUCAUGUUAUUGUUGAGUUUUGCUUUUCUAUUGGGUCCCAAAUCCUAUUUUCAACACAUGGUUUCGCCGCAGAGAAGAUUGGUUACAGUUUCGUAUAUUUCUGCGCUUUUUGCCACGUUGUAUUCGUCGUUGUGGGUUAGUUUUUGUGGGAAAACGGGAGGGGGAGAGUUUUUGUAA